GUUUCAAUCGGGUUCGGCUGGUGCGGCUUGCUCUCUAGGUGGAGGGUCGUUGUGGUCAUUUAUCGUCCUUACCGACGUUCUGACAUCAUCGCCACCCCCACACACAAAAGCAAGCUAGCAGUCGUUAAUAGACUCACGUGCCACAACCCGUGUCGCAGCCGCACAUCGCACGCAUCGCACACACAACCAAUAGGAACGCGCGCCGUCAGCGAUUGUGUGUGAAGUGACCAGUCACAACCGUUGCCGCCACCGCCGCCCACGCUUUGACACCGCCAUCGUCACCAUCCACUUACACCAAGCGUAGCGUGUCGCCAACAUCGUCACACCAAUAAGCCACCAUGGGUUGCACCAUGUCACAGGAAGAGCGGGCGGCUCUUGAACGUUCCCGAAUGAUCGAGAAAAAUCUCAAAGAAGAUGGCAUGCAAGCGGCUAAGGAUAUUAAAUUGCUACUUUUGGGUGCUGGAGAGUCAGGAAAAUCCACAAUUGUGAAGCAGAUGAAGAUUAUUCACGAGUCCGGAUUUACAGCCGAAGACUAUAAACAGUAUAAACCUGUUGUCUACAGUAAUACUGUACAAUCAUUAGUCGCUAUUCUACGAGCUAUGGCCAAUUUAUCGGUGCCAUUUGGUGCAUCGGAACGAGAGGUCGAUGCCAAACUUGUCAUGGAUGUUGUCGCCCGGAUGGAGGACACAGAACCGUUCAGUGAAGAAUUACUGUCAGCAAUGAAAAGGCUAUGGGCGGAUAGCGGAGUACAAGAAUGCUUUGCACGAAGCAACGAAUAUCAACUCAACGAUUCUGCCAAAUAUUUCCUAGAUGAUCUAGAACGAUUAGGUGAAGCAAGUUAUCAGCCAACUGAACAAGAUAUACUACGUACUCGUGUAAAGACUACUGGUAUUGUUGAAGUUCAUUUCACCUUCAAAAACCUCAACUUCAAAUUAUUUGAUGUGGGUGGUCAACGAUCAGAACGGAAAAAAUGGAUUCACUGUUUUGAAGAUGUAACAGCGAUCAUUUUCUGUGUUGCCAUGUCCGAAUACGAUCAAGUAUUGCACGAGGACGAAACUACGAAUCGAAUGCAUGAAUCUCUGAAAUUGUUUGAUUCGAUCUGUAACAAUAAAUGGUUCACCGACACGUCGAUUAUUUUAUUUUUGAACAAGAAAGAUCUCUUCGAGGAGAAAAUCAAGAAAAGUCCACUUACUAUUUGUUUCCCGGAGUAUUCAGGUCGGCAAGAUUAUCAUGAAGCGUCUGCAUAUAUACAAGCACAAUUUGAAGCAAAGAACAAGUCAGCUAAUAAGGAAAUCUAUUGUCACAUGACGUGUGCUACAGACACGACGAACAUCCAAUUUGUGUUCGACGCGGUCACCGAUGUGAUCAUCGCCAACAACCUUCGCGGCUGCGGUCUAUACUAAGACGCGCGUGGUCGCGCGUGCAAAGCGUGUCCGCCAGCUUCGCUUGAGGUGUGCCGUCGCCGUUCGGAAGCGAUUUGUAAAUCUCUUUGCAGCUCGGCGGUUGGCGGUUGCCAUAUCCAGCCGCGCAGUCCCCCAUUCUUGACACACCCCCAAUUAGGCAACUCGAUUUUCUCGUUCUUUUACAGUUGUGUGCAAUUAUGUGUAAGAUCUUCUCCGCCCAUCAUUUUCUCCGAAAGAUCGUUUUCUCGUUAUGCUAUUAGAAAUCGUCAUAUACGCAUACAGUGAUCUUUUUCAUUUGAACGGCUCUGCGCAGUUUUUCGUUUUCGCUCCUGCCCCGCCCUCACUUCCCGCUUAUUUCGAACUUUCCCGCGUUAGUCAACCGGGAACUGAGGGCCACACCCCUUCCCGCUCGUGCUACUCACAUUUCCCCGCGCAGGAGCUGUUUUCUCUCAUUUCCCUUUAUUUUUUGUACACAGGACCGAUGACGCGUGAGAAGGCAGUAGAUCUGUUGGCUGUUGUCACUGUCAUUGCCUUUCCUUAAGUAUCAGUUUUCAUUUCGAGUCUCGAAUUCUCUUCUCUUUUUCUUUUUCAUCUCUUUUCGAUUGUGAGCCAAUCUGUUUAUGUGUAAAGUAGUUUUCUCAGUAGAACUGCCGCUUUUCAACAGUUACCGACAAUUUCUUUGGUUUUCUAGUUGAUUUACGUCUAGUCACAAGCCAUUACCAAAUCGGUUCUGUACACCCUAUCACAUACACACCACACUCUCAUUGCACACUCUUGCGACUCACUCUUCUC